AUGCCCUCCGCACUCAUCCUCAUCGCCGACGGCACCGAAGAGAUCGAGUUCGUAACCCCCUACGACGUUCUCACACGCGCAGGCAUCACAGUCCGCUCCGCAGGCGUGAAUCUCAAGAACGAGCAGUUCGCCGUCUGCUCCCGCAACGUCAAGAUCCUGCCGGACGCGCCGAGUCUGGACGAGAAGCUGCGAGCCGAAGAGUUCGAUGCGCUGAUACUACCCGGAGGCGCGCCGGGCGCGAAGGCGUUUUGCGAUUCGAAGACUGUGCUACAGUUGUUACGGGAUUUCAGGGAGAAGGGGAAGCUGGUGGGGUGUAUCUGCGCAGGGACGACGGCGCUGGUGAAAAGUGUAGAGACUGAGGGAGGGGAGAGGAAUAAAAGGGUGAAGGUGACGAGCCAUCCGAGUGUCAAGGAGGGUAUUGUGGGGAAAGGAUGGGACUAUAGUGAGGAGAGGGUUGUGGUUGAUGGGGGAGUUGUUACGAGUAGGGGGCCUGGCACUGCUAUGCUUUUCGCGCUGACUAUCGUGGAACAACUUUGUGGGAAGGAGAAGAGGGAGGAGAUAACGGGUCCGAUGAUCUGUGCGGAAACAUUGUAG